UUAUAAACCAAUUAUGACCAAAUAAAAAUUUAUCAGUUUUGCUCAAAAGAUCACCAUCAAUCAUGGGGAAGAAGAAAGCUGUGAAGUACUUCGUGGUGGAUGCUUUCACUGAUUCGGCUUUCAAAGGGAAUCCAGCGGCGGUUUGUUUUCUCGACGACGACGACAACGAGAGAGACGACGCGUGGCUUCAGUCUCUUGCCGCCGAAUUCAACAUCUCCGAAACUUGUUUCCUUACUCCGAUCACUGGUUUCGAAGCUCGCUUCCGUCUCCGGUGGUUUACCCCUGUAACCGAGGUGGAUCUCUGUGGUCAUGCAACUUUAGCAUCUGCUCAUUGUCUCUUCUCAUAUAAUUUGGUUGAUUCAGACGAUGUCGAAUUUGUCACAAGGUCGGGGAUUCUUACAGCCAAGCGAGUCACAGAUACUUCAGAGCUCAAUGAUGGUGAAGUGAAAGGUGGAACCUUCUUGAUCGAGUUGAAUUUUCCUGUGAUUACAACUUGUGAUAUCAAUCUCAAUGAUGUCUCCUCCUCCAUGAUCACCAAGGCCUUGAACGGAGCUACCAUUGUUGAUAUAAAAGCUACUACGACAAACAUCAUCGUCGUCGUGCUUCCUUCUUUGGAGUCUGUCACUGAACUGCAACCAAGAAUGGAUGAUAUGUUGAAAUGUCCCUGCCGUGGCAUAAUUGUUACAGCGGCUGGUUCUGCAGGAUCGGCCUAUGAUUUCUACAGUCGGUUCUUCGCUCCUAAAUUAGGAGUUGACGAGGACCCUGUUUGUGGAAGUGCACAUUGUGCAUUAGCACAUUACUGGAGCCUCAAGAUGAACAAGUGUGAUUUCCUAGCCUACCAAGCUUCGCGUAGGGGUGGAACAAUUAGAAUUCAUCUAGACAAGGAGAAUCAGAGGGUUCUCCUGAGAGGCAAAGCCGUGACUGUGAUUGAAGGCCAUGUCCUGGUCUGAUCUGAGAUGAUACAUUGUUGGUUUCUGCUCCUAUAACCAUUGAAUAAAGACGAAUUUUCACUAUCUUCCACAUUGUUUUUAGUGUUAGCUGAUUGACCCACCUCACAUAAGGUGGGUAACCACUGAUAGGAUAUGUCUAUAAUUUCUGACCAUAUGUGGUCAUUUGCAUGAAUUUUUUAUUUGUAUGUGUGUGUGUGUGGCUAUUGUAGUUAUUACAAUAACGUAUAUUGGGUAUUUCCUCUCUUUUUUGGGUGACCAAAA